AUGGCGUCAUCAUCAGAUACGAUGCUUAUUGAUCUACCCCUAUCAACAUAUGACGGACAAUCAUCUCCUUCCAUCGAUGGCAAUAUGGCCGAAGCGUCUUGCACAACCAAGACAAAAAUCGGCGGUCAAGGCCUCGAACGAUACUUCAACGAUUUUAAAGAAUAUAUACGUGGUGAACAGCAGGGUAAAACUUCAGCCAUUUGUGCAUUAUGCAAAGAGAUGGUUUGGCAUGUGAAGAAUGUCACUUCGAAUUAUAGUCGCCAUUUGCAACGCAAGCACAAGCCAGAGUUCGAUGUGUGGACAGCUUCAGUCAAGGCACAAUCGAGCGUCGACAAGAAUGGCAAACAGCCCACUCUACUCGACACUCUUUCUACACCUCCUCGUUUAUCAAGAUACGGGACUAUCCAUCCUCGUCAACUGGAAUUGUCCGAAAUGAUAUUCAGAGAUUUAAUCAUCGAGUUAGAUUUGCCUCUAUCGAUCCUGGAGAAGCCUGCUUUUGUUCGACCGAUGUCGAUCGUCGAUCCCAAGUUUCGUGUACCGUCUCGUCGUUUACUUACAUGCGACUACUUACCAAAGUUAUACGAUCAGUUGAUCAUGAAGCUGAAGAAGAUUUGCUCUUCUACUCAAUUCGUUUCAUUGACCUUCGAUGCGUGGACAGAUCGUCGCAUGCGAGCGUUUUACGCGGUUACUGUUCACUAUGUCGAUCAAGCCGGACAAUCGAAAUCGCACUUGCUCGCGUUCAAUCCUCUUUCUGGUAAGAUAAGUGUUGUUUCACGAUUAUCAGUAUACACAAUCACUAUGUCUUCUCAUCGACAUAUAGGCAGCCAUUCUGGUGAGAACCUAUUGGCCGAAUACGAACGUGUAACAACAUCAUUUGGUAUAGAAUCGAAGGUGGUGCGACUGAUUACCGAUAACGCUUCCAACAAUCUCAGCGCUUUUGGUCAACUUCUAUUGCCUGGCUUUGAGCCGUAUUUUGCUCACGAAGACGAUGAGGAUGUGAGUGACGAUGAUACAGAAGAUGCGGAUCGGAAUGCUGCGGACAAAGGUGAUGACAACGAUGACGAAAGCGAAAUUACUUCAGGCAAUGAGUUUGUACGACUUCCUUGUUUCGUACAUACCUUACAGCUGGUCGUCCACGAUGGACUAAAGGAUGGUUCGUCGAUUCGAUCAGCGGUGGCCAAAGUGGCACAAACAGCCAAGCUGACCCACAAAAGUAUUCCGGCUGCUGAGAAAUUGCAGGAUAUCAAAAUGAGCACCCCGCAAGCAGUUCCAACGCGAUGGAAUUCGCAAUUUCUCACCGUCUCCAAAACGCUCGAUGUUCCAAACGCGGUGUUAAGUGAACUUCUCACGGAGCAGAAACGAAGCGAACUAUUACUGUCGACCAAAGAUACGGCUAUCCUGCGUGAGUUCGUGUCGGUGUUCACAUUAUCCGCUGAGGCUACCACUCGAACACAAAUUGAAAAAGAUGUCUCAAUAUCCUUAGUUGGCCCCAGCAUUAUUGGCAUUUACUUUGAUCUAGAAAACGAAGGAAAAUCAUGCAAAUAUACCGGCGCUUUAUGCAAAGCACUCAUCAUUUCCUUACAACAGAGAUUCGGCGGGCUUUUGAUCAAUCUCGAACUGCCUGUGGACACGAGCCUCAAACGUCGGAGUACAUUUUCGCUUUUUUCUGAUGAACUGUUCCUUAUUGCGCCUUUUUUGGAUGGACAAUUUCGACUUAAAUGGAUCACUCAAUCAGGUUUAUCUCAAGACAUAAAAGAUCGUCUGUGCCACAAGAUUAAACGCUUAGUGGCUGAAGCUGCGCUAAAGUUGAACGAUUCAAAGGUGCAAGAUGUUACCACUGAUGAUAUGAACUGUGAAGUUACAAGCACCACCACCACCGUUACUACUAAUGCAAUGUCCUCGAAGAUAAAAGAUACACUCGACAGCAGUCCAAUGCGGAAACGCAAGAGUCUCUUCUCGUACUGUCAGACAGCGCAAACACCGUCGAAGAAAAGACGAUCAAGUGUUAUGGAAGAGAUUGAUGAAGAAAUAAUGUUAUUUCUCAAAGAUCCACGUGACGAUACGCGUCUCAUUUUCGACAAAAGUGAACACUUUCCUUAUUUAUACCGACUCGCAUUGCGAGUAUUUUCUGUUCCAGCCACAUCCGCACCAGCAGAAAGAAUAUUUUCGCGGAGUGGGCUCCUUAUGCGUCCUCAUCGGAGUCGUUUGUCGAAAAAAAUGCUGUCAACACUGACAAUGAUCAAAUGUAAUCUCGAUCUUUUGAAAUAA